GUUAGUCUAUGCCUUUGUUUUCAUUUAAAUUGUUUAUCUUCUUACAUUUGUUUUGUGAUUUGAUAAAACGAUGGUCUAUCUGCAUUUUCCUUCAAAUUUGACGGAGGAAGAAUUAAUGCUACAGACUAAAUAUGCCAAACUGAAAAAAAAGAAAAAGGCGCUGCAGGCCCUGAAGUCGCCGCGCCCGGAGCCGGAGAGGACGCCGCAGCUGCCCAAGCGACCGGCGGAGGCCCGGGACGCCCGCGAGGUGGCCAAGAAGCUGAUCAAGUCGGGGGCCAUCACGGCAAUCACCAAGGCGCCCAAGCGCACCGAGCAGGCGGGCUUCAAGAGACCGCGCGGCCUGGAGAGGAAGCUGUCGGGAGCCGAGCGGACCGUGAGCGGCUACCAGCCGUUCUCCGCCACCCACCCGGAGGACGCCGAGGACAACCGGCCCAAAGUCAAGAACCUCUACGAGAGUUUCGUGUCAGCGAGGGACCGCGAAGAGAGGGGGCUCAGCGAGAAGCGAGACGGCCGGGUGGACAAGCCCCGCCAAGGCAACACCAUAUUCGUCUCCGGCUACAAGAUAACCGAGGACUCCCUCAAGAAGGCAUUUGAUUCGUGCGGGAAUAUCGUCAACGUGACUGUGGAGGUGGAAAAGAAUCGAGGCUUUGUGACGUUUGACAAAGUUGAGUCGGCAGAACGAGCCAUAAGUGAGCUGGAUGGCAGCAUGGCAUCCGGAGUGCCGCUGAAAGUGUCGCUGGCCAGGCGACAACCCGUCAUCCAGCCAAUCAACGAUGCGUCUUCAUCCUCCACCUGGUCCACCAUCGCGGCGAGCCACUCGCAGAAAGGAAGCCACAAAGACAAACGGAGCAUGGUCGUUUACGAUGAUUUCUUUUUCGGUGACGACCCAGCUGAGGCUGCAGCCAGCACUGAAUGAUGUGAUGAUAAUUGAUUUAAAGUUAAGCAACUUCAUUCAAGGUUUUAAACUGUGUAAUAUUGUCAUUGUGAGUCACAGGAAGGAAUCAGAAAUGCAUUUAAGUAAAAAAAAAAAACCUAUCUUAUUUUGUAUGAGUUUGUGUGUAUUUUUGUAAGAUCUCAAAGCUGUAAAUAAAUUAUUCACUGGUAUUCCGUGAAGAGAAACUUUACAA